AGCCCAAAAACACUCCCCUUAGUAUAAGACCCACGCGCCGCGGUCCGCAGCUGGUUAUUUGUUUUCGGAAAGUCUCGACGAACGGAUCAGGAGGUUCGUGUCUAUCAGAGGAAAAGGAGGUUCGUCGUCGUUUGUUGGAACCGUGCCCAGUGACUUGGUGAAAUAUAUUUCUGGAGCAGCAGCAGAAGCAGGCAAAAGUGAUUCAAGGCCCAUCCCGAGGUCAACCCAGACCAUGAAGAACACGUUAUUACCGAUUCUCGCCGUGGGACUCGUGUCCCUGGCAGCGGCCCAGUACGGGCCAGCCCCACCUCGGAUCAACAUUCCCGGGGCCAUUCCGCUGCCCAUAGUACGUGGCGUGCCGAUUCGCGAGGAACGAGUGCUCCCCCCACAAACCCAAAUCCUGCGCGUUCGCCGGCCAAACCACGGCGGUGGUGGCAGCGGCGGCGGCUUCCCGUCCUCCUCAAUCCGUCCCCACCAACAAAUCCCGAUCCAAUUUUCCACGCCCAAGUUUUUCGAGUCGGAAGCGAAACCCGUUACCGAAGAGCACGAAGAACAUCACCACGAAAAUUCCGCCCCCUUCCUGCCCAUCAUCCAUUCCUCACCCGCUCCUCCUCCUCAUCCCAGUCCGCCUCCCCAACAGCACUCCAUCCCCGAUGAAUUAGACGAACGUGACAUUCAACAGAACAUCCUUUCCCGCUUCAACUCACAGGACAACCGACCGGCACCGAUUCCGCGGGCCCAGCCCAUCCCGGAGCGGUUCUUCUCGACCGAAAAGGAACUGUCCUCGAACGCGCAACGCUUUAACCUGGCGGCCCCGGAACAACCACAGCAACGACCGGCGCCGGUUCCCGCGCCCAAACAGUACCGGCCCGCGCCCCAGCAGGUCGUCCAGCAGCGGCCAGCUCCGGCCCGUAUCCAGCAGCAGCACUACGACGAGGACCGUCCGACGAGCCAGCGCCAGCAGGCCGAGGACGACCGGCGCAAGAAGCCAGUGGUGCAGAUUCUGCGAAAGUGGCGCGAAGAGCACGAAGAUGGCAGCAUCACGUGGGGCUUCGAGAACGACGACGGUUCCUUCAAGGAGGAAACCAUCGGCAUUGACUGCGUCACACGCGGAAGCUACGGCUACGUCGACCCGGACGGCGAGAAGCGCGAGUACACCUACGAAACCGGCAUCCUGUGCGACCCGAACAAGCGCGACGAGGAGGAAGAGGAAGAGGAGGAUGAGUUGCAGCUGAAGAACAAGGUGAAGCGGCCAAAUCAGCAGCAGCAGGGCCAGCAACAGCAGCAGCAGCAGUACUAUAGAAACUAGGAUGGAGAUUGAUUUCUUCUCCUGGUGGCGCAUCUUUGUCAUUAGGAUUGUAUUUAUUUUUUUUACAUUUUACGAGUUAAGAUUUCCGAAUGAAGCGAGCGAGAACUUGUGUGGACAGAGGAGACUCACGAAGAAUUGGUAAUAAAAAUUACGAGGAUUUCUUUUGUACUGAAUAAAACGUGGCGGAAGCCAUCCAAAUAUUA